UUUCUCUAGAAUAAAGGCGUGGCUGUUUCAAGUUUAGCGCCACAGCUCUGCCGUGUUUUGGACAACCAACUGCACAACAAGCAGGGCUGAAGCAGCGCGGGUCCAAUAAGAUACUCCAAGGAGCUGACGGCAGCCAAUGUCCAACAGACGGAGCCCGACACACAGGACAAACAGAGGCAUCCUCCCCACAGCCGGUGCGUUUCUUUCUAUUGUCUGGGACGUAUCGACGUAGAGCUGGCUUCUCACAGAGCUACGGGGCAAUCCAAGAUGGUGAAGGUUUUGGGAAAGCCGAAAGGCAAAAUGUCCUCAUAUGCCUACUUUGUACAAACAUGCCGAGAGGAGCAUAAGAAGAAACAUCCUGAAGCCUCUGUCAACUUCUCUGAGUUCUCAAAGAAAUGCUCUGAGCGAUGGAAGACAAUGUCACAGAAAGAGAAGGGCAAGUUUGAAGAUUUAGCCAAACUAGACAAGGUGCGUUAUGAGAGGGACAUGCAGAAUUACGAUCCCCCAGCCGGCCAGAGGAAGAAGCGAUUCAAGGACCCCAAUGCCCCCAAGAGACCACCGUCUGCAUUCUUCCUGUUCUGCGGUGACUUUCGUGCAAAGAUAAAAAGCGAGCACCCUGGACUUACUAUUGGGGACACUGCAAAGAAGUUGGGAGAGAUGUGGAACACCUCCUCUGCAGAGAACAAACAGCCAUACGAGAGGAAGGGAGCCAAGUUGAAGGAGAAGUAUGACAAGGAUGUCCUUGCAUACCGCACAAAGGGCACAGUUGAGGCCGCAGCACCUCCUGCAGCAGCAGCAGCAGCGGACGACGGCGACGAUGAUGAUGACGAAGAUGAAGAGGAAGAUGAUGAUGACGAUGAUGAGUAGACGGCAUGGGGGUGGGACCUGAAUUUUUGUUUAUGCCAUAUAACCCUACUAUAUUAAAUUCACCAUCUUGAAACAUAAGUCAGAUUGAACAAGAACAUGUGUAUAUUUAAUGUUUCUAAGAUGUACAGUGUUAUUCUCCUUUUUUUGUAAAGUUAACGCUACAUAUCUUUUCUUUGGGAUUUUUUCUAGUGCUAGUACUAUCUCCUGCUAUAUGUAACAGUAAGGGAGGACUUAAAAUCAGUAUAAAGGUAAAUAGUCUUUAGGUGUUACAACUCAAAAAUAAGAUUCCGAGUUGGUAAUGUAUUCUUUAUUUUGAAAAAUAUUUUUUUAUGUGACGUCCCAAUGUCUUUUUAUUGUUCUUUGAAUACCACUCUAAUAUCAAAAGCAGCUGUUGACAUUGAAGAAUGUCUUCAAUAAAGGUCGUUUCUUUUUUUAA